AUGGCGCCGGGGGGCGGGGGCGGGCGGCGGGACGGCUGGCCGGCCCGAGGGCGCCUCCUCCUGGCCGCGCUGCUGCUGCUGCUAUGGACGCGGGCGGCCAGCGGCCAGAGCAGCCCCCAGCAGAGCGUGAUCCUGGGCAUGAGGCUGGCGAGCUGCAACAAGUCGUGCGGGAUGAACCCGGAUGGCGUCAUCUUCGUGUCCGAGGGCAGCACGGUGAACUUGAGGCUCUACGGCCACAGCCUGGGCGAGAUCUCCAGCAACCUGAUCUCCUUCACCGAGGUGGACGACGCCGAGACGGUCCACAACUCCACCAACUGCCUGGAGCUCACCAAGGACUUAGUGGUCCAGCGGCUGGUCAACGUGAGCCGCGGGAACACGUCGGGGAUGCUAGUGGUGCUCACCAAGUUCCUGCGGAGGAGCGAGAACAUGAAGCUGUACGCGCUGUGCACCCGGGCCCGGGCGGACGGGCCCUGGCUCAAAUGGACGGACAAGGACUCCCUGCUCUUCAUGGUGGAGGAGCAUGGGAGGUUUCUGCCGCUCUGGCUGCACAUCCUUCUCGUUUUGGUGCUGUUAGUGCUGUCGGGCAUAUUUUCUGGCCUCAACCUGGGGCUUAUGGCCCUGGACCCGAUGGAGCUGCGCAUCGUGCAGAACUGUGGGACUGAAAAGGAGAGAAGGUACGCCCGCAAGAUAGAGCCCAUCCGGCGCAAGGGCAACUACUUGCUCUGUUCGCUGCUCCUGGGGAAUGUGCUAGUCAACACCUCCCUCACCAUCCUUCUAGAUAACCUCAUCGGGUCUGGCCUCAUGGCAGUGGCCUCCUCCACCAUUGGCAUUGUUAUCUUUGGGGAGAUCUUACCUCAAGCCCUGUGCUCCCGACACGGCCUGGCUGUGGGUGCCAACACUAUUGUUCUCACCAAAAUCUUUAUGCUGCUCACCUUCCCUCUGAGUUUCCCCAUUAGCAAACUCCUGGACUUCGUCUUGGGUCAGGAGAUUCGCACUGUUUACAAUCGGGAGAAGCUGAUGGAGAUGUUGAAGGUGACAGAACCCUACAAUGACCUGGUGAAGGAGGAAUUAAAUAUGAUCCAGGGCGCCCUGGAACUAAGGACCAAAACUGUGGAGGAUAUCAUGACCCAGCUCCACGACUGCUACAUGAUCCGCAGUGAUGCCAUCCUGGACUUCAACACCAUGUCGGAGAUAAUGGACAGUGGCUAUACGCGCAUUCCCGUGUUUGAAGAUGAGCAAUCCAAUAUCGUAGAUAUCCUUUAUAUCAAAGACCUGGCUUUCGUGGACCCUGAUGACUGCACCCCGCUCAAGACUAUCACUCGUUUCUACAACCACCCAGUUCAUUUUGUUUUCCAUGACACCAAGCUGGAUGCCAUGCUGGAGGAAUUCAAGAAGGGGAAGUCGCAUCUGGCCAUUGUUCAGAAGGUGAACAACGAAGGUGAUUGUGACCCCUUCUACGAGGUGCUGGGCUUGGUCACGCUGGAGGACGUCAUUGAGGAGAUCAUCAAGUCUGAGAUCCUGGAUGAGUCGGACAUGUACACUGACAAUCGAACCCGGAAACGGGUAUCUAUGAAGAACAAACGUGACUUCUCUGCCUUCAAGGAUGCUGACAAUGAACUCAAAGUAAAAAUCUCACCUCAGCUUCUUCUGGCUGCUCAUCGCUUCCUGGCUACAGAGGUGCCCCAGUUCAGCCCCUCUCUGGUAUCAGAGAAAAUCCUGCUGCGGCUGCUCAAGUACCCAGAUGUCAUUCAGGAGCUCAAGAUUGAUGAGCACAACAAGUACUUCAGCCGCCAUUACCUGUACACCCGGAACAAGGCGGCUGACUACUUCAUCCUCAUCCUGCAGGGGAAGGUGGAAGUAGAAGCAGGCAAGGAGAACAUGAAGUUUGAGACGGGCGCCUUCUCAUACUAUGGGACCAUGGCCCUAUCCUCGCCAGCCUCGGACCGGUCCCCAGCCCACCCAACUCCACUCAGCCGCUCGGCCUCCCUCAGUUACCCAGACCGCAACAUAGACAUGACGCCCUCCUCAUCCCUGGCAGGCAGCAACCAGUUUGGCAGCUGCAUUCUGGGCCAGUAUGUGUCUGACUUCAGUGUCCGAGCGCUCACAGACCUGCAGUACAUCAAGAUCACGAGGCAGCAGUACCAGAAUGGGUUGCUGGCCUCCCGCAUGGACAACAGCCCUCAGCUGGCCUUAGACAGCUGUACCACCUGCUCGGAGAACUUUACCGAGAAGUCGGAGCUGCCUGUGGUGGAUGAGACCACGACGCUCCUCAAUGAACGCAACUCUUUGCUGCACAGAGCCUCCCAGGACGGUGCCAUCUGACAGGAGGGCCCGGGGACUCCUGCCUGCCCUGCGGGGGUCUCCCCAGUGGGCCCACAUGACGUCAGGGAGCCUGUUAGGCUAGAAGGGGUGCAGGUAGAUAUCCUGCAUGACCGAGCAACUAGACAUCCCUCCCAGGGGAUCGAUCUGGCUGCAGAUGGGGACCUCUUAACAGCUCUGACAUGAUGCCUGCCCAGCCCAGCUAGUGAGCAAAGGCUGUUUUUGUCUUUUUUUUUUUUUUUAAACACUGAGAGAAUUUUUAAGCUAGGCUCAUUGCUCCUCUUUUUAAAUAUCAUUUUGGGAAGGGAAGACAGGGUUAAGGAACUUUAUGUUAAAAAAAAAAAAAAAAGAAUUUUUUUUUUUUUUCAAGAAACCCAAAGGGGAGGAGGGUUCCUCACCCCAGGAAGCAACAGCCAUAACCUGUUCCUGGCCAAGACCUUUCAGCCUGUGUCUGUCGCUCUAGGAACCAUUCUUCUGCAGCAGUGGGGGCCUGGAGCCCACAGGAGGGGGCUCCUGGGAGGAGAACAGUUCUACCUAGGAAGCAGGGAUCCAAAGGAUACUGACAUCCACUGCUAGGACACACGCACUGAGGUCACUGAGGCUGAGAGGUGCUGGGGAACUGUUCAGGGACACGAUGACCCACCCCGGCAACAGAGAGGACUACAUCUGCUCCAGGAUCCAGUGAUCUCCUAGAACUCCGUCCACAGGCUCUGCUGCUGAGUCAGGACUCAGCUGAGAACCACCCCCCCCUGGCUCUCAUCGAUCCCUUUGGACAAUUCCCUCCUGUUAGGGUCUGGCUCCAAGAGUUAGGCGUGGUCUUUGGCUCUACCGUUGCUUAUCUGCUUCUUGGCCAUGCGCUCUGUUUUACCAAAGGUCCCCCCUCAGAGGGGACAGCACCUACUUUAGAGGUGACUUGUCGGAUACCCCUUCUGGUUCCAGGGCUGAAUGUGACCGUAGGUAUCUGUGUUAACAGUUACUACUCUACCACCCACAGCUGCAAGAAGAGUCAGGGUUCAGAAGUUCACCCAGGAAGACUUCUUCCCCAGCUCCCCAUUCUUAUCUCUAUACUCAUCCCUCUAGGGACUGGGGACAGGACAUGUUGGAAGCCACCCAAGCUGGGUCAUCACACCCUUGCCUGUGUAACUGGCUGAGGGUCACCUGACCUCUUUUGCCCACUUAAGGACCCCCAGGAAAGGAGGGUUUCAUCUAAUGUAUUCACUCCUUUCCUCAGCCAGUGGAGUCCUGUCACCCCAAGUACUCUGCUGUCUAUGUACCCAGAGAAUCCCACCUCCUAGGGGUGUCUUGUACCCCUGGCCAGGCUGAGGUCUCCUCCACUCACAGAACUUACUCCUAGAAGCCCAGAGAAGAAGGUGGUUUUCAACUAUAAGGGAAAAAGACACCAGACCUCCAAGCCCUUAAGAAACCCUUAGUUUUCUGUCGGUGCAGCAUGCUCCCAAGUCCCUAGAGGAGCUGCCAGCUGUGUUCCUGAGAGACCUAAGUGCCAGGUAGAGCAAAACCACGUGGUUGGUGUGAAGCAAAAGUAGCAGGUGCAUACACUUCCACAGCUACCUCUCUGCAGACACAGUCACCACCAACAGACAGGCCCCUCCCCUCCCAGCCCGCCCUCCCCCUCCCACAUUUAGAAUCACUUCUUGCAGAGGGUCAUAAUUAUUUCCAAAUAUUACUGGUCUGAUGACUUCCUCCUCCCAGCGCAAUUUUUCACUUCCUCAUCCAACCUCUGGUUCCUGGGCUGAGCCAUACCCUGGAACUGGCCUCGUCCGUAUGUCUUCCCAGGUAAGGAAGACUUUGCAGGUGGCAUCCAAGUGGGUAGGCAAGUCACAGUCGCCGUAGCAAAUGACUCCUAUUUAUUUUGCAUUAAGAUUUUAAUUUGUAUAUUUUUGUGAUUUAUUUUGGCAUUGUUACGAGUUUGACUCUCGGGGAGUUUUGUUGUUAUGACUCUUGUGUCUUUUGUCACAAAACAAUGAUAAUAUUUGCUAAACAAUAUAUGGAAUUUAUUUUUGAUUGGUAAUAAAAAAUGAAAUGCAUAUAA